AUGGACGACCUGCGGGUGCUGUGGAUGCGCGACCGCGUGUACGCGGCCUUCGGCCUCACGGACCACCAGCUCUUCGAGGACCUGCUGACCCGCGGCGACGGCGAGGGCGAGGACCUCAUCCUGCACUUCCUCAACCGGGCCAGCCAGGAGGAGGCCGCCGCCACGCUCUUCUUCUACCGCACGCUGGUGCCCGAGGAGGUGGAGCUGGAGCUGGACGCCGACGCCGAGUUUCCGGCCUCGUCCCAGGAGGAAGAGCAGGAAGAAGAGGCCGAGUCUCAGAAGGUCGAGUCGGUGGACAAGGUGUCAGCUAGGAGUUUGCAGAUGAAAACCAGUUUGGCACAGCAGCCCCUAACGGGCACAGAGAGUGAAGACAUGGACAAAGAUUUAGAAGACUUGCCCCGCAAGAAAAUUGUUAAGCACAUUGUGGAAAAGACGUAUCUCCACGUGCUUUGUACUCCUGUUCCUGAGGAGUUUCUGGACCAGAAUGUGGUGUUUUUCCUGAGAAAUACAAAAGAGGCGAUCCCUGAAGCCAGCUACAUGAAGGAAGCCAUGGAGAUCAUGCCCGAGACGCUGGAGUAUGGGGUUAUAAAUGCGAAAGUGCUUCAUUGUCUGAAAGAUAUUAUAUGUCAGGUCUUCUUGCCAGCUUUGUCCUUCAAUCAGCACAAGGAAUCCAGCAUGGGGUUCACACCUGGAGAAGUCUCUGACUCCCAUGAGAGUGAAAUGGACCUGCCUAAUGUGCCCGGAGAAGCCGUGGAAUAUCACGGCUCUCAGUUAAUACGAGAUGAAUUUUUAAUGAACGUCCAGAAAUUUGCAAAUAAUAUUCAAAGAACAAUGCAGCAACUUGAAGGUGAGAUUAAGUUAGAAAUGCCGAGCAUCAGCGUGGAGGGAGAGGUGUCUGUCCUGGCAGCUGACCCGGAAACCGUUGAGAUCUUGGAGCAAUGUGUGAUCAACUGGUUGAAUCAGAUAACCGUGGCUGUUGAGGGCCAGCUGAAAAAGACGCCUCAGGGUAACGGUCCUCUGGCUGAAAUUGAAUUCUGGAGGGAAAGAAACGCCACCCUCAGUGCACUCCACGAACAGACAAAGCUUCCCGUCGUCAGAAAGGUCUUGGAUGUGAUCAGGGAGUCAGAUUCUCUGCUCGUGGCGAACCUGCAGCCGGUCUUAACCGAGCUGUUCAAGCUGCACAUGGAGGCCUCGGACAACGUGCGGUUUCUUUCCACCGUGGAGCGUCAUUUCAAGAACAUAACGCACGGAUCGAGCUUUCACGUGGUCUUGGAGACCAUCCCCUCCAUGAUGAGCGCGCUGAGGAUGGUGUGGAUCAUCUCCCGCCACUAUAACAGAGACGAGAGGAUGAUCCCCCUCAUGGAGCGGAUUGCCUGGGAGCUUGCUGAGAGAGUCUGCAGAGUGGUGAACCUGCGGACCUUGUUCAAAGAGAACCGAGCAAGUGCACAGAGCAAAAUCUCGGAGGCCAAGAACACCCUCAACACAUGGAAAAAGUGCUAUUUUGACACCAGGGCCAAGAUCGAGGCUUCGGGAAGGGAAGCCCGGUGGGAGUUUGACCGAAAACGGUUGUUUGAGAGGACGGAUUACAUGGCCACCAUCUGCCAGGAUCUCUACGACAUUUUGCAGGUGAUGGAGGAAUUUUAUAACAUAUUUGGUCCAGAACUAAAGGCAGUGACAGGGGAUCCCAAGCGCAUCGACGAUGUCCUGUGCAGGGUGGACAGCCUGGUCACCCCCAUGGAAAACUUGACCUUUGACCCCUUCAGUAUCAAGUCCUCGCCGUACUGGAAAUACGUGAUGGAUGACUUCAAGAUUGAAGUUCUGGUUAUUGAGAAAGAAGCAAAAAAUUUUAUUGACGAAUCUUUUAAGACGCUUCGAUCAGCGGAGGCCGCGUUUGACAUGCUUUUAAAGUUUAAGCACAUUCGCUCACGGGAGGCUGUUAACCGGCAGAUGAUGAUGAAGUUCAAUGAUAUUCUCGCACAGUACUGUAAAGAGAUUGACACUGUUAACAAAAUCUUUGUCCAGAACCGUGACAACCCGCCACUGUACAAGAACCACCCUCCAGUAGCAGGUGCAGUCUCCUGGGAACGGUCUCUGUUCUUCCGGAUUAAGCACACCAUCCUCAGGUUUCAGGAGGUGCAGGAGAUACUGGACAGUGAACGGGGAGAAGAGGUGAAACAGAAGUACCUGGAGGUGGGCAGAACGAUGAAAGAGUAUGAAGACAGCAAGUACGAGCAGUGGAGGGAGAUGACGGAGCAGCAGCUGCCCGUGCUCAUGAAGAAGAGUCUGCUCACCAAGAUCUCUACAGGCUCUGAGGAUACCGUGAGCUCCGACAGGAACGUGACUUUUGCAAUCAAUUUUCCAUUUAUGCUCAAGGAGAUUAUUAAUGAAACAAAGUACUUGGAACAGCUGGGAUUUCCUGUCCCCGAAUUAGCAAGGAAUGUCGCUCUCCAGGAGGACAAAUUUCUUAGGUACACAGAGGGAAUACAGAGCAUGCUGGACCACUACCACGUGCUCGUGGGCACGCUGAAUGCAGCCGAGACCGUCCUCCUCGAUGAUCACUCUCAGGAGUUAAUGCGCGUAUUUAGGUCUGGAUAUAAGAGGUUAAACUGGAACUCGCUAGGCAUUGCUGACUACAUCAUUCGGUGCAAACAGGCCAUUGGGAAAUUCGAGUCCCUUGUCCAUCAGAUUCAUAAGAAUGCGGAUGACAUUUCCUCCAGGCUCACAUUAAUAGACUCCAUAAAUCUCUUUAAAUAUCCAGGACCUAAAAGUGAUGAAGAACUCCCAGGCGUGAAGGAGUUCUUUGAGCACAUCGACCGAGAAAGGGCCAAAGACACGGACUACAUGGUUAGGUGGUAUCUCGCCAUCGGGCCUCUGCUGACCAAAGUCGAGGGUCUGGUCAUCCACACCAACACGGGCAAGGCCCCGAAGCUGGCCUCCUACUACGAGUACUGGGAGAAUAGAAUCUACGAGGUCUUAACAAAGCUCAUCUUGAAGAAUCUGCAGUCUUUCAAUUCUUUAGUCCUGGGGAACGUUCCUUUGUUCCAAACGGAAACCAUUCUGACCGCACCGGAGAUCAUCCUUCAGCCCAAUUCAAAUGAGAUCGACAAAAUGUGUGUCCAAUGCGUCCGGAAUUGCGUGGAGGUCACCAAGAAUUUUGUUCGAUGGAUGAAUGGCAGCUGCAUCGAAUGCCCUCCUCAGAAGGGGGAGGAAGAGGAAGUUGUCACAAUAAGCUUCUACAAUGAUAUUUCCCUGAACCCUCAGAUAAUCGAACAAGCUGUUCUGAUCCCCCAAAAUGUCCAUAGGCUUCUGGUCAAUCUCAUGAAGUACCUGCAGAAAUGGAAGAAGUAUCGUCCCCUCUGGAAAUUGGACAAAGCCAUUGUGAUGGAGAAAUUCGCCGCCAAGAAACCUCCUUGCGUGGCUUACGAUGAGAAGCUGCAGUUCUACUCCAAGGUCGCCAGCGAAGUGAUGAACCACCCUCUAGUCAAGGACGAGCACUGCAUCCGGCUGCAGCUCGGGCCCCUGGCCAGCACCGUGCAGGAGAACGCCAAGUCCUGGGUGGCUUCGCUGGGAAAGCUGCUCAGUGAGUCAGCCAAGGAGGAGCUGCAUAACCUUCAUGAAGAGAUGGAGAACCUGGCCAAAAACCUGAGGAAGAGCCCCAACACCCUUGAGGAUCUCAAGUUUGUCCUCGCAACGAUUGCAGAAAUCAGAAGUAAAUCUCUGCUCAUGGAGCUGAGAUACCGGGACGUCCAGGAGCGGUACCGCACCAUGAUGAUGUAUAACCUCCAUCCUUCCGCUGCAGAGAAGGAACUGGUGGACAAGAUUGAGAGCAUGUGGUUGGAUCUGUUCAGCGAUUCCAUGAACGUGGAGCACAGUCUUGGCAGCAUAAAGAAGACCUUCACGGAGAUCACCCGAGGGGAGAUGCUGAGCUACAAGCAGCAGAUAGAGGACUUCGCAAACCGUUUCUACAGCGAAGGCCCUGGCUCUGUUGGAGAGGAUCUGGACAGUGGAAUAGAACUCUUGGCCACUUUUGAAAGAGAGCUAAUGAAACAUGAAAAGAACCGUCAGGAGCUGGCAAAUGCUGAGAAACUUUUUGAUCUUCCAAUCACAAUGUACCCAGAGCUGCUCAAAGUGCAAAAGGAAAUGAGCGGGCUGAAGAUGAUUUAUGAGCUUUACCGGGGCCUGAAGGUGGCCAAAGAAGAAUGGUCUCAGACGCUCUGGGUCAACCUGAACGUUCAGUUUCUGCAGGAAGGGAUCGACGGUUUUCUCAGGUCCCUCAGGAAGUUCCCCCGGCACGUCCGGAACCUGGCGGUGGCUUACCAUUUGGAAACAAAAAUGAAGGCGUUUAAAGACUCCAUCCCUCUCCUCCUUGACUUAAAGCACGAGGCGCUCAGGGACAGGCACUGGAAGGAGCUGAUGGAGAAAACAGGCGUGUUUUUUGAAAUGACUGAGACGUUCACCUUGGAGAACAUGUUUGCCAUGGAGCUUCACAAGCACGCGGACGUCCUCAAUGAGAUUGUGACGGCGGCGGUCAAGGAGAUCGCCAUCGAGAAGGCUGUGAAGGACAUCCUGGACACCUGGGAAAGCAUGAAGUUCACCGUGGUCAAGUACUACAAGGGCACCCAGGAGCGGGGCUACAUCCUGGGGUCCGUCGAUGAGAUCAUCCAAUGCCUGGAUGACAACACGUUCAACCUGCAGAGCAUCUCGGGAAGCCGAUUUGUGGGGCCCUUUCUGCAGACGGUUCACAAAUGGGAAAAGACGCUGUCCCUCAUAGGGGAAGUCAUCGAGAUUUGGAUGCUGGUCCAGAGAAAGUGGAUGUACCUGGAAAGCAUUUUUAUUGGUGGAGAUAUCAGAUCGCAGCUUCCAGAGGAGGCCAAGAAGUUUGACAACAUCGACAAAGUAUUUAAAAGGAUCAUGGCCGAGACCUUGAAAGACCCCGUGAUUAAGAAGUGCUGCGAGGCCCCAAACCGCCUCAGCGAUCUGCAGAACAUCAGCGAGGGCUUUGAGAAGUGUCAGAAGAGCCUGAACGACUACUUGGACUCCAAGAGGAACGCCUUCCCCAGGUUCUUCUUCAUCUCCGACGACGAGCUGCUCAGCAUCCUGGGGAGCAGCGACCCCCUCUGCGUCCAGGAGCACAUGAUCAAGAUGUUUGACAACAUAGCGUCGCUGAGGUUCCAUGACGCGGACAGUGGAGAAAAGCUCGUGUCCGCCAUGGUUUCAGCAGAAGGGGAGGUCAUGGAGUUCCGGAAGACGGUGCGGGCUGAGGGGCGCGUGGAGGACUGGAUGACGGCGGUUUUGAAUGAAAUGCGGAGAACCAACCGGCUGAUCACCAAAGAGGCUAUUUUUAGAUACUGUGAAGACAGAACCAGAGUCGAUUGGAUGCUCCUGUACCAGGGGAUGGUGGUGCUGGCUGCCUGCCAGGUGUGGUGGGCCUGGGAGGUGGAAGAUGUCUUCCGAAAAGUGCAGGCGGGGGAGAAGCAGGCCAUGAAGGGCUAUGGCCGGAAGCUGCACCGGCAGAUCGAGGAGCUGGUCACGCGGAUCACCAUGCCCUUGACCAAAAACGACCGGAAGAAGUACAACACUGUGCUCAUCAUCGACGUGCAUGCCAGGGACAUAGUGGACGCCUUCAUAAGGAGCAACAUCGUCGAGGCCCGGGAGUUCGAAUGGGAGAGUCAGCUGCGCUUCUACUGGGACCGAGAACCCGAUGAACUGAACAUUCGUCAGUGCACGGGGGCCUUUGGCUACGGCUACGAGUACAUGGGGUUGAAUGGGCGGCUGGUCAUCACUCCGCUCACCGACCGGAUUUACCUGACGCUGACGCAGGCACUGUCCAUGUAUCUGGGUGGGGCCCCCGCGGGCCCAGCAGGCACCGGCAAAACCGAGACCACCAAGGACCUGGCCAAAGCCUUGGGCUUGCUCUGUGUUGUAACCAACUGCGGCGAAGGCAUGGAUUACAAAGCCGUCGGGAAGAUUUUCUCUGGCCUGGCGCAGUGUGGGGCCUGGGGCUGCUUUGAUGAGUUUAAUCGAAUCGAUGCCUCUGUGCUGUCGGUCAUCUCGUCUCAGAUUCAGACCAUCCGCAACGCUCUGAUCCAUCAGCUCACCACGUUCCAGUUUGAAGGGCAGGAGAUCUCGCUGGACCCACGAAUGGGCAUCUUCAUCACCAUGAACCCCGGCUACGCGGGCCGCACGGAGCUGCCGGAGUCGGUGAAGGCGCUCUUCCGGCCCGUGGUGGUGAUCGUGCCCGACAUGCAGCAGAUCUGCGAGAUCAUGCUCUUCUCCGAGGGCUUUCUCUGGGCCAAGACUCUGGCCAAAAAGAUGACUGUUCUGUACAAGCUGGCACGGGGGCAGCUGUCCAAGCAGCACCACUAUGACUUCGGACUCAGAGCCCUGAAGUCGGUGUUGGUGAUGGCUGGGGAGCUGAAGAGAGGCUCUCCCGAACUCAAAGAGGACGUGGUGCUGAUGAGGGCACUUCGAGACAUGAAUCUGCCCAAGUUCAUCUUUGAGGACGUCCCUCUUUUCCUCGGUUUGAUCUCCGACCUGUUUCCCGGGCUAGACUGCCCGCGCGUUCGCUACCCUGAUUUCAACGACGCGGUCGAACAGGUGCUGGAGGAGGGUGGCUUCGUCGUCCUGCCCGUGCAGGUGGAUAAAGUUGUUCAGAUGUUUGAGACCAUGUUAACCCGCCACACGACAAUGGUGGUGGGGCCCACGGGAGGGGGCAAGUCCGUGGUCAUUCAGACUCUGUGUCAGGCCCAGACCAAGCUGGGACUGGCGACAAAGCUGCUCGUCCUGAACCCCAAGGCUGUGAGCGUCAUCGAGCUCUACGGCGUCCUGGACCCCACCACGCGAGACUGGACGGACGGGGUGCUGUCCAGCAUCUUCAGGGAGAUCAACAAGCCGACGGAUAAGAAGGAACGGAAGUACAUCUUGUUUGAUGGCGAUGUGGACGCCCUGUGGGUGGAAAACAUGAACUCCGUGAUGGACGACAACAAGCUGUUGACGCUGGCCAACGGCGAGCGCAUCCGGCUGCAGGCACACUGCGCCCUGCUCUUUGAGGUCGGAGAUUUGCAGUAUGCCUCCCCUGCCACUGUGUCUCGCUGUGGAAUGGUUUAUGUGGAUCCUAAAAACCUGAAGUAUGAACCAUACUGGAAUAAGUGGGUCAAUCGAAGACAAAACAAGGUGGAGCAAGGCGACUUACAGGACCUCUUUGAGAAGUACGUGCCCUACCUCAUCGACGCGAUAGUGGAAGGAGUGGUGGACGGAAGGCAAGGAGAGAAGCUGAAGACGAUAGUUCCUCAGACAGACCUCAACAUGGUCACCCAGCUGACCAAGAUGCUGGACGCCUUCCUCGAAGGAGAGGUGGAGGACGCCGACCUGCUGGAGUGCUUCUUCCUGGAGGCUCUGUACUGCUCCCUGGGCGCCUCCCUGCUGGGCCCCGGGCGGCUGCAGUUCGACGAGUGCGUCAAGCGCCUUGCUUCUUUGCCUUCUGCCGACACGGAAGGGGUUUGGGCCAGGCCUGGGGAACUGCCAGGUCAGCUCCCAACCUUGUACGACUUUCAUUUUGAUCCUGCACAGAAGAAAUGGAUACCAUGGAGUAACUUAGUUCCAGAAUACGUUCACUCCCACGAGAGGAAGUUUAUCGAAAUCCUGGUUCACACGGUGGACACGGCCCGCACCACCUGGGUGCUGGAGCGGAUGGUCAGGAUUAAGCAGCCCGUUAUUUUGGUUGGUGAGUCUGGCACCUCGAAGACGGCCACUACCCAGAACUUCCUCAAAAACAUGAACCAAGAGACUAACAUUGUGUUAAUGGUCAACUUCUCUUCCCGCACCACAUCCCUGGAUAUCCAGAGAAAUUUAGAAGCGAACGUGGAGAAACGAACCAAAGACACUUAUGGCCCCCCCAUGGGAAAACGCCUUCUGAUCUUCAUGGACGACAUGAACAUGCCAAGGGUGGACGAGUACGGCACACAGCAGCCCAUCGCCCUGCUGAAACUGCUGCUGGAAAGAGGCUACCUGUACGACCGCGGGAAGGAGCUGAACUGCAAGAGCGUUCGCGACCUCGGCUUCAUCGCCGCCAUGGGGAAAGCUGGGGGCGGCCGCAAUGAGGUGGACCCGAGGUUCAUCUCGCUGUUCAACGUCUUCAACGUUCCGUUUCCUUCCGAGGAGUCUCUGCAUCUCAUUUACUUCUCCAUCCUGAAAGGCCACACCUCGGUGUUUCAUGAGAGCAUCACAGCCAUGAGUGACAAGUUAACACAGUGCACAUUGACGCUUUACACAAAAAUCGUGCAGGACCUGCCCCCAACUCCGUCCAAGUUCCACUACAUCUUCAACCUGCGCGAUCUCUCCAGGGUGUUUCACGGGCUGGUGCUCACGAAACCCGAGCGGUUCCAGACGGUGGCCCAGAUGGUGAGAGUCUGGAGGAACGAGUGUCUGAGAGUCUUCCAUGACCGACUGAUCAACGAAGCAGACAAGCAACUGGUACAAGACCACAUAGAAGGCUUGGUCACGGAGCACUUCAGCGGCGAUGCAGAGGCGGUGCUAAGGGACCCCAUCCUGUUUGGGGACUUCCGGAUGGCGCUCCGUGAAGAUGAGGCUCGCGUCUAUGAGGACAUCCAGGACUACGAGGCCGCCAAGGCUCUGUUCCAGGAAAUCCUUGAGGAGUACAAUGAAAGCAACAGCAGGAUGAACCUGGUCCUCUUCGACGAUGCUCUGGAGCACCUGACGCGCGUGCACCGCAUCAUCCGCAUGGACCGCGGCCAUGCCCUGCUGGUGGGCGUCGGGGGCUCGGGGAAGCAGUCCCUGGCCAGGCUGGCCGCCUACACGGCUGGCUAUGAGGUGUUUGAGAUCCUUCUGAGCCGAGGCUACUCCGAGAGCAACUUCCGGGAAGACCUGAAGAGCCUUUACCUGAAGCUUGGCAUCGAGAACAAAAUGAUGAUCUUCCUGUUCACGGACGCCCACGUGGCCGAGGAGGGCUUCCUGGAGCUCAUCAACAACAUGCUGACCUCAGGCAUCGUCCCUGCACUUUUCCAAGAGGAUGAGAAAGAGUCUGUCCUCGGUCAGAUCGGGCAAGAAGCCUUGAAGCAAGGGGUGAGCCCGGCCAAGGAGUCCGUGUGGCAGUACUUCGUGAACAAGAGUGCCGAUAACCUGCACAUCGUCCUGGGCAUGUCGCCUGUAGGGGACACCCUGAGGACCUGGUGCAGAAAUUUCCCAGGUCUAGUGAAUAACACCGGCAUUGACUGGUUCAUGCCCUGGCCUCCCCAGGCCCUGCAUGCAGUUGCCAAGUCAUUUCUAGGGAAUAAUUCCAUGAUCCAAGCAGAAAAUAUUGAGGACCUGGUAGCACACGUGGUUUUGGUCCACCAAUCCGUGGGUGAAUUCAGCAAACAGUUUCUGCAGAAGUUGAGGCGCAGCAACUAUGUAACUCCCAAGAAUUACCUUGAUUUCAUUAACACCUACUCGAAAUUACUGGAUGAGAAAACUCAGUAUAAUAUAGCUCAGUGCAAGCGUCUGGAGGGCGGGCUGGACAAGCUGAAGGAGGCCACCAUCCAGCUCGACGAGCUGAACCAGAAGCUGGCCGAGCAGAAGGUCGUGCUGGCCGAGAAGUCCACCGCCUGCGAGGCCCUGCUGGAGGAGAUCAUCUCCAACAAGGCCAUAGCGGAGGAAAAGAAGAAGUUGGCAGAAGAAAAAGCCAUGGAGAUAGAGGAGCAGAACAAGAUCAUCGCGCUGGAGAAGGCCGAGGCCGAGACCGCCCUGGCGGAGGUCAUGCCCAUUCUGGAGGCCGCCAAGCUGGAGCUGCAGAAGCUGGACAAGUCGGAUGUGACCGAGAUCAGGUCCUUCGCCAAGCCCCCGAAGCAGGUGCAGACAGUGUGCGAGUGCAUCCUCAUCAUGAAGGGGUACAAGGAGCUCAACUGGAAGACCGCCAAAGGCAUGAUGUCUGACCCGAACUUCCUGCGGUCGCUGAUGGAGAUGGACUUCGAUUCCAUUACCCAGAGCCAAGUCAAGAAUAUCAGAAGCCUCUUGCGGAACCUCAACACCACGGCCGAAGAGAUGGAAGCGGUGAGCAGAGCGGGCCUGGGCAUGCUGAAGUUCGUCGAGGCCGUCAUGGGCUACUGCGACGUGUUCCGAGAGAUCAAGCCCAAGAGGGAGAAGGUGGCCCGGCUGGAGCGGCACUUCCACCUCACGAAACGCGAGCUAGAGAAGAUCCAGAACGAGCUGGCAGCGCUCCAGAGGGAGCUGGAGGCCCUGGGCGCCACGUACGAGGCGGCCAUCCUGGAGAGGCAGAAGCUGCAGGAGGAAGCGGAAAUCAUGGAGCGCCGGCUGAUCGCGGCCGACAAGCUCAUCUCGGGGCUGGGGUCCGAGAACAUCAGGUGGCUGAAGGACCUGGACGAGCUCAUGCACCGGCGGGUGAAGCUGCGCGGGGACUGCCUGCUGUGCGCGGCCUUCCUGAGCUACGAGGGCGCCUUCACCUGGGAGUUCCGCCACCAGAUGGUCAGCCAGGUCUGGCAGAGUGACAUCCUGGAGCGCGGGAUCCCGCUGAGCCAGCCGUUUCGGUUGGAGAGCCUGCUCACAGAUGACGUGGAGAUCAGCAGGUGGGGCUCCCAGGGACUGCCCCCCGACGAGCUCUCCAUUCAGAACGGCAUCCUCACCACCCGGGCCAGCCGCUUUCCGCUCUGCAUCGACCCCCAGCAGCAGGCCCUCAACUGGAUAAAGAGAAGGGAGGAGAAGAACAACCUGCGGGUGGCCUCCUUUAACGACCCCGACUUCCUCAAGCAGCUGGAGAUGUCCAUAAAGUACGGGACUCCCUUCCUGUUCCAUGACGUGGAUGAGUACAUCGACCCUGUGAUUGACAACGUCCUGGAAAAGAGCAUCAAAGUCUCCCAGGGUCGGCAGUUCAUCAUCCUAGGAGACAAGGAGGUGGACUACGACUCCAGUUUCAGGCUCUAUCUAACCACCAAGCUGGCCAACCCCCAGUACACCCCAUCUGUGUUCGGGAAGGCCAUGGUGAUCAAUUACACUGUCACCCUGAAGGGCCUGGAGGACCAGCUGCUGAGCGUGCUGGUGGCCUUCGAGAGGCGCGAGCUGGAGGAGCAGAGGGAGCACCUCAUCCAGGAGACGAGCGAGAACAAGAACCUGCUGAAGGACCUGGAGGACUCCCUCCUUCGGGAGCUGGCGACCUCCACGGGGAACAUGCUGGACAACGUGGAGCUGGUGCACACCCUGGAGGAGACCAAGUCCAAGGCCACGGAGGUGUCGGAGAAGCUCAAGCUGGCAGAGAAGACGGCCCUGGACAUUGACAGACUGCGGGAUGGCUACCGGCCGGCGGCGCGGCGGGGCGCCAUCCUGUUCUUCGUGCUGUCGGAGAUGGCGCUCGUGAACGCCAUGUACCAGUACUCCCUGAGCGCCUUCCUCGAGGUCUUCGGGCUGUCGCUCAAGAAGUCGCUGCCUGACUCCAUUCUCAUGAAGCGGCUGAGGAACAUAAUGGACACGCUGACCUUCAACAUCUAUAACUAUGGUUGCACAGGGUUGUUCGAGAGGCACAAGUUACUCUUUGCCUUCAACAUGACGAUCAAGAUCGAACAAGCAGAAGGGAGAGUUCCCCAGGAAGAGCUAGACUUCUUUCUAAAAGGAAACAUUUCCCUGGAGAAAAACAAACGAAAGAAGCCCUGUGCUUGGUUGCCUGACCAGGGCUGGGAAGACAUCAUGCUCUUAUCAGAGAUGUUCCCAAGCCGGUUUGGGAGUCUUCCUGACGACCUUGAGAAGCAUCCGUCUGUCUGGCAGGAGUGGUACGACCUGGACUCGCUGGAGCAGUUCCCGUUCCCCCUGGAGUAUGACGACAACAUCACCGCUUUCCAGAAGUUGCUUAUUCUGCGCUGUUUCCGGGUGGAUCGGGUCUAUCGGGCCGUGACCGACUACGUGACUAUGACCGUGGGAGAGAAAUACGUGCAGCCCCCGAUGGUCAGCUUCGAGGCCAUCUUCGAGCAGAGCACCCCGAACUCGCCCAUCGUGUUCAUCCUGAGCCCCGGCUCCGACCCUGCCAGCGACCUGAUGAAACUAGCAGAGCGCUCUGGUUUUGGGGGAAACCGCCUCAAAUUCCUCGCCAUGGGUCAAGGCCAAGAAAAGCUGGCUCUGCAGCAGCUGGAGACUGCGGUGGCUCGUGGGCAGUGGCUGAUGCUGCAGAACUGCCAUCUCCUGGUCAAGUGGCUGAAGGACCUGGAGAAGUCCCUGGAGAGGAUCACCAAGCCCCACCCAGACUUCCGCCUGUGGCUCACCACGGACCCCACCAAGGGCUUCCCCAUCGGGAUUCUGCAGAAGUCCUUGAAGGUGGUCACAGAGCCGCCCAACGGGCUGAAGCUCAACAUGAGGGCGACGUACUUCAAGAUCUCCAACGAAAUGCUGGACCGGUGCCCUCACCCCGCCUUCAAGCCCCUGGUCUACGUGCUGGCCUUCUUCCACGCCGUGGUGCAGGAGAGGAGGAAGUUCGGGAAGAUCGGGUGGAACGUGUCCUACGACUUCAACGAGUCCGACUUCCAGGUCUGCAUGGAAAUUUUGAACACGUACUUGACCAAAGCCUUCCAGCAAAGUGACCCUCGGAUCCCGUGGGGCAGCCUCAAGUACCUGAUUGGAGAGGUCAUGUACGGAGGGCGGGCCAUCGACAGCUUCGACCGGCGCAUCCUGACCAUCUACAUGGACGAGUACCUGGGAGACUUCAUCUUCGACACCUUCCAGCCCUUCCACUUCUUCCACAACAGCGAGGUGGACUACAGGAUCCCCUCUGGCGACGUGAAGGAGAGAUUCGUUGAAGCCAUCGAGGCCCUCCCCCUGGCCAACACACCUGAGGUGUUCGGUCUUCAUUCCAACGCCGAGAUCGGCUAUUAUACUCAGGCCGCUCGGGACAUCUGGGUGCACCUGCUGGAGCUGCAGCCUCAGACAGGCGAAUCGAGCAGUGGCAUCAGCCGAGAUGACUACAUUGGCCAGGUGGCCAUGGACAUAGAAAACAAAAUGCCCAAGGUCUUUGACUUGGACCUGGUCCGGAAGCACCUGGGGAUGGGCAUCUCCCCCACGUCGGUGGUGCUCCUGCAGGAGCUGGAGCGCUUCAACAAGCUCGUCGUCCGCAUGUCCCGCUCUCUGGCCGAGCUGCAGAAGGCCUUGGCUGGAGAGGUUGGAAUGAGCAGCGAGUUGGACGAUGUCGCCAAGGCUCUGUUCAUCGGGCAGAUCCCGAACAUCUGGAGGAAGCUCGCGCCUGACACCCUCAAGUCCCUCGGAAACUGGAUGCUCUACUUCCUGCGGCGGUUCGCCCAGUACACGUCGUGGGUCACCGAGGGUGAGCCCAGCGUGAUGUGGCUCUCAGGGCUGCACGUCCCGGAGUCCUACCUCACGGCCCUGGUGCAGGCCACCUGCCGGAGGAACAGCUGGCCCCUGGACCGCUCCACCUUGUUCACGCUAGUGACCAAGUUCCAAGAUGCAGAUGAAGUGACCGAGCGGGCAGGACAGGGCUGCUUCGUGUCAGGCCUGUACCUGGAAGGUGCUGGCUGGGACCUAGAGAGAGGCUGCCUCACCAAGAGCAAGCCCAAGGUGCUGGUUGUCGACCUGCCGGUCCUGAAGAUCAUCCCCAUUGAAGCCCACCGCCUCAAGCUGCAGAACACCUUCCGGACGCCCGUCUACACCACCUCCACCAGAAGGAAUGCCAUGGGGGUCGGCUUGGUGUUUGAAGCCGACCUCUUCACCACGAAGCACAUUUCUCACUGGGUGCUGCAAGGGGUGUGCCUCACCCUGAAUUCUGACUGACCCUCCGGAGAAG